AUGCGCUGCUGACCAUGGUUGAAAACAGAUACUUGACGCAGUCCAAGCUGUAGCAUUCACAGUUUUUUGUUCAGCCUGGCAGUCCGGGGUUAGGGUGGGAACAUUGGGCGCCCAAGCUUCUAGGCGAUUUGGCGGUAGUAAUAAUUGACCGGCUAGGCUUCAAACCUUUCGGUAAACCUCUUUUCUACUUUUGCAGGCGUCAAUUAAACCACCAUUUUCUUUUACUCUCACACAUUUAUCCCAUCUCAAGUUAUUGGUAGCGCACGGCCAUGUAUUCGUUUGUUCGACCUAGCAAGUACCGGCACGUGUACGGCACAGCAUCGAAGCGCGAGGGGUGCUACGAAAGCCUGCGCAUCUCUCUGGGCGCGUGGGACACCAACUUUGUCACGGCCAACCCCAAAUAUGUCGCGGCCAACUGGGAUGCUGGAGGCGGCGGUGCCUUCUGCGUGGUGCCACUCUCGCAGGUGGGAAAGCUGCGCGGCGACUUCCCGCUGUUCAGCGCGCACGCGGGAGCAGUGCUUGACACGGCAUUCUCGCCAUUCGACGAUGACAUUAUUGCGUCGGUAGCCGAGGACCACACGGCGAUGAUCUGGCGGGUGCCCGAAGACCUGCUGGAGCGCGAGGAGAACGUAACCACACCGCUGCUGAAGCUGCCAGGGCAUGGGCGCAAGGUCGGACACGUGGCGUGGAACCCAGUGGCCGAGAACGUGCUGGCGGUGUCGAGCUCGGACUACACGGUGAAGAUCUGGGAUGUGGCCAGCGGGCAGGCCAGGCAGACGCUGCAGGGCUUUAAGGACAACAUCCUUUCGAUGGACUGGAGCCACGACGGAGUGUUGAUUGCAGCGACGUGCCGCGACAAGAAGCUGCGCGUGUUUGAUGCACGCUCGGGAGAGCUCGUGCAGGAGGGCGUGUCGCACCAGGGCGUCAAGGGGUCGCGCGUCACCUGGCUCGGCCGUGAGCCGCGCCUGGUCACCACUGGGUUUGCUCGGUCCAGCGACCGCGAGGUGUAUCUGUGGGACGCGACGAAUCUGGAGAAGCCGCUGCUGAAGCAGGACAUUGAUCUCUCGUCGGGUAUGCUUAUGCCGUUCUACGACGCCAGCACAAACAUGCUGUAUGUGGCAGGCAAGGGCGACGGAAACAUCCGGUACUACGAGUACGACAGCGACAAGCUGCACUUUUUGUCAGAGUACCAGUCGCCGGAGCCACAGCGCGGACUGGGUGUGAUGCCCAAGCGUGGUGUGGACGUGAAGACCUGUGAGGUGAUGCGGUUCUACAAGGUCGCGUCAAACUCGUUGAUCGAGCCGAUCUCGUUCCGCGUGCCGCGCAAGUCAGAGGCGUUCCAGAACGACAUCUACCCGCCAGCACACGCAGGCAGGGCGGCGAUGACGGCCGAUGAGUAUUUCGCGGGCCAGACCGCCGAGCCUGUCACAGUCGAUAUGGAGACCAUUUUCAACAAUGGCCCACUGAUUGCUGGCGGCAGUGCGCCACAGAUUGCAACCUCGGCGGCACCGGCGCCGGCUGUGGCUGCUCCCUCGCCAUUGGCCCAGUCGACACCGAGCAGGUCGCCGGCUCCGUCAGCAUCGCCUGCCCCGCCGCCUGCCCCAGUGGCAGCAGCACCAGUAGCAGCGCCCGUAGCGACUUCUCGCGGCCAGCUGACCCCUGGCACCCGGUCGCCGUCGCCGGCUGUUGCAGCCUCGUCAUCGGCCGAGCUCGACCGCCUGCGUGCCGAGAACGAGCAGCUGCAGAAGCAGCUCGCAGAUGCGGCCAGCCAGCACUCUGCGUCGUCCAAGGCGGGCGCGGAGCAGGCAUCGGCGCUCAGUGCGCAGCUAGACGAGGUCCGGGGCGAGCUCACGCAGACGCAGAGUGCCGUGGCAGCGCUGCAGAAGCGCGAAGAGGACGCUCUGGCGCGGCUGGCGCAGGCCGAGCAACUGGCCGCUGAGAGCCAGCGCGCGGCCAGCGAUUUGCAGGACCGCCUCGACAAGGCAAUCACUGUGGACCAGCUGACCGCGGUCGAAGAGAAGCUGCAGGCUGGCCGAGCAACAGGCCGAGAGUCUGCGCGGGGAAGUGGCCGCGGCCAAUAAGCAGGCCGAGGAGAUUAGGGCCAAGUGUGAGCUGGCUGAGAAGGAGCUGGCUGAGACUGUGAAGGCUGCCAGCUCGCUGGCCAUGGCCGCAGAGCAGGCUGCGGAGGCAUUCAACUGAAUAAAACGUUUCCUUU